ACGGAACCGAACAACAGCUCAGUCCCUCAGUUUGGCUCGCUUGUUUGGUUUUUUUGAAUUUUGAGGAAGCACGAGUAGCGCCAGCCACAUGUCUGAACUGGAUCCUGGCACGGUGGAGGCCAACAUGCGCGUCCUGCUUGCCAAGACGUGCGACUACAAGAACGAGCAGGAGGAUUGGGGCGCAAUCACUGACAUUAUCGACACGAUCAAGCGCGCGCAGCUCCCGACAGGACCCGUUGUCGCUGCAAACCUCAUCGUCGAAUACAUUCGCCUGCCCAACGCCAAGAUGGCUGGGUAUGCAUUGACCGUGCUUGAUGCGGCGCUCAAGAAUGGCGGCAUGCCGUUCCAGGAUGUUGUGGGCAAAUUCAAGUUCCUGAACGAGCUCGUCAAGCUCGUCUCCAAGAAGUAUGCCCCAAACACCCCAGAGCCUGUGCGAAAGCGCAUUCUGCAGCAUCUGCAAGAGUGGGCUCUGACGCUGCCCCACCAUCCCAAACUCAUGGAGGCGUAUCAAAUGCUGAAGAGCCAAGGCUUUGAGUUCCCUCUUGCGCCGAACGAAGGUGCCCCCGUCAUGCGGCCCGACUCGGAUUUCCUUGAAAAGGACCGCAGCAUGAUCAAGGCUAUGGACAACCGCCAAGUAAAAGAGCAUCUGGAUAAACUGCUCAAGAGCAAGGACAAGCGAGACAUCCAGCGCGCCAACAUUCUCAUCAAAGAGAUGUACAGCAAUGACAACAAGAUUGAGCAGCGUGACCGAAAGCUCCAGUCCGACCUCGAGCUUGUGCGCAACAACAUUCAUCUCUUCAACGAAAUGAUUGUGAACGCCACGGACGGCUCGCUUGCCACGAACGAUGUGAUUGUGGAUUUGCACACGUCGCUCACCAAAGUCUCUCCCCGCUUGGUCGGCUUGAUCGACAAGCUCACGGACAAGGAUCCCGAACUCGAGGAGGUGUUGCUGCUCAACGACUCGGUCAAUCGCGCACUGGAAAACUAUGGUCGUAUCCAGACUGGUCAGCCCGUGCAAAUGGUGUCUCAGGAUUUGCCGGCCGUGCCCUCGACCGCCGACCAGGUUGCUGCAGCCGGUGCCGCAGUUGCCAAGCAGUCGGACACGCUGAUCGACUUUGAUUUCUCCGCUUCUGCCGCCAGCACCGCCGCCCCUGCUCCGCGAAAGAGUGACGUCAGUCUGUUGGACGAGCAGCUGUUGGCGCUUGGACUCGAUGGCAUGCCAUCGCCAGCCGUUAACGCAGCACCUGCGGCUCCGACGGACGCUUCGUCCCUUGCUGGCCUGUCGUUCACUCCUGUCGCGCCCUCGUAUGGAUUUGCUGGCACCGCCAGUUUCCCCGCUAACGCGUUUGGAGGUGCACCCGCCGCCAAUCCGUUCGGCGCACCUUCGGCAUUUGGGGCGCCUGCUGCGUUCGGCGCUCCAGCCACCUUCGGCGCUCCAGCUGCAUUUGGAGCACCCGCAUUCGGUGUCGCACCACCCGCCAUCAACCAGUUUGGAGCACCCAUGGGCGGCUUCCCCCAACCACCGCAGUCGCAACCACAACAACCUCAUAUCCAGCAGCAGCCUUUCGGCGCGUUCGCAGCACCGGCCCCUGGGGGUCGCAGCAUUCCCCCUUCGGCCAUCAACGCAGCCAUGUUCGCUGAAGCGUCUGCCGCUCCUGCACCCGCACCCGCGCCUGCUUCUGUUCCUGCAGCGAAACCGGCCGCUCCGUCGUUCUUUGAUCCGUUUGCCGACUUUGCAACCAUCCCCAACUCUGCUGCCCCAGCUGCUGCUCCAGCUGCUGCAGUUCCCGCCAUGCUUUCGGCUGCUCCUGCUGCGGCCGCCACCUCGUCCCCUUCCUUUGGCGCACCCCUCGUGCCGUCCCCCUCCUCCCACGCAGCGCCAGUGUCAACGACAUCUACUUCGCUCGGCAUGUCGGACAUUGAUGCCCUCCUCGGCCUUGAUGCACCUGUGACCACCGCUGCUCCUGUCGCUGUAAUCUCCCCCGUUGCCGCCUCCCCCGUCGUUAGCAACGUGUCCGCCGCCCUUCCCAACAUUGACGACAUGCAGGUCUCCAUGGAGUCUGUGGAGCUAAGCAACACUCCUCCGUUGAACGUCUUUGACAAGAAUGGCCUGCGUGUCAUGUUCCAUUUCGCCAAGAACACGCCGCACCCCAAGGUGUACGUGGUCGUGCUCGUGUACUCAAACUCUCUUCCCUCCGCCAUGAGCAACUUUGUCUUCCAGGUGGCCGUGCCCAAGACCAUGAAAGCCCGCCUUCUUCCUGCGUCGGCCGAUGAGCUUCCCGCUUUCAACGUCCUCAAGGGCCCCUCGUCGGCGACCCAAAUUGUGCUCAUCUCAAAUUCCUCGGAUCAACCCGUCCGCGUCCGCUUCCGCAUCAACUAUACAUUGAAUGGCGCACCAAUCAGCGAGCAAGGCGAGGCGUCUGGAUUCCCUUAACUUUGAAAACUUGAACUGUUGCUUGGUUUGUGUGCUCUGAACGAAAACGAGGAAUUGUGCUGUUGUUUGUUUUUGUUUUGGUUGUUUCCCGAAUCAUACGCCUCCCUGUCUUUCUUGUUUCAACAUUUGUCGACCGUUUGUU